CCCAGAUCGCCAUAUUCCCCGCCGCUCAGUCGAGUCACGAACACUGUUGCGCGCAUGUGAAUACGGUUUGUUGUUGGUCGCUGGCGUCCAAGAGAGGGUCCCCAUUUGGGCCUUUUUUUCACCGACAUUUCUCUUUUAAGGUUGCAAAAAAACGUAUUCGUUUCCUUCUCAACAUGUCUAACGAAGGUAGCAAGGGACCUCCGAGCACUAUAACGCUCGCUUUCUCAACACUAACGCAUUUCCUGCUUUUGGCUCCUGUAAUAUACAUCCUGGUACUUGCCGUUCCCUUCGGGAUGCACAGCCUCUUCGGAUGGCAUCCGGUUUGCAUGUCUAUCGGGGUCGGCCUUCUGAUCACGGAAGCUGUCUUCAGUGUCUCCGGUGAAGCGUACAUUGCUUCGAAAUUACCCAGGCGUACGAGAGUGACGAUGCACUGGAUUUUGCACACGAUAGGCCUGAUUGUAAUCGGGAUCGGCUUCAUUAUCAUCAUCGUCAACAAGAUCAAGCAGCACAGAAACCAUUUCGCCACAACUCACUCGCAACUGGGUUUAGUGACGAUUAUACUAACCGUCCUCACCGCCGCUUUUGGAAUCCUGGCGAACAAUACCGUGUGGGUAUAUCCACGUGUGAGACCGGUGUUAAUUAAAGUCGCCCACGCUUGCGGCGGCAUCGGCAUAAUCACUCUUUUACUGGCUACUCUCAUCAAUGGAACCUACUCUGAUUGGUGGUAUCAUGGUGGUGGAACCGUCACCGGAAGAAAUCUGGUCUUCGCAUCGUUAUUUUUCGCGGGUUUAUUGAUACUCGUGAAACCAAUUCUCGGCGCUAUUUCAAGAUGCAGGGUCGUGUUCGGGCCGCCCUCGAGCGAUUCGUAAAGCUUCGCUAAUGUUUUCGACAAUGUCUACAUUGUAUUAAGAUGUAAUUCAGAUGCGAGGGUUGUCUCAAAAGUAAGACACUUGAUCGAUCGAAUGAUAAUAUAUUAGCCUUGUAAUAUUAUUUUCACUUAAAAAUAACAAUAUAAUAUAAUAAAUAUAAAUAAAUUCAAGUGUCUCACUUUUGACGCAACUUUUGUGGAAUACUCAACGGAGUGGUAAAAAGCCAAAGAUAGUAACACUAAUUCUUCUGUUUGGAUGUUACGUGUUAUCCAUUAGGAAUGUUGUUAAUAAUGUAAAUUAAUAAAAAAGAAAGUGUUUUACCUUAUCGGAAAUUAACCACGGCGGGAACUCGAGGCAGCGCAUUGUUAAUUAUACACAUUAUAUACAUUUAUUAUGCAUUUAAUAGCGCAUUACAAAUUUACACAUACGUCUACAUGCGCAUAUGUACAUUUGUAGAUGUGUUUGCAAUAUAUUUCUUAAAACGCCAUGUACAUACAUAAUAACACAACGUAUUUAUAUAUCUCUGAUAUUUUUAUACUGUUAUAUAAUUAUAUAUAUAAUUAUAUGUUAUUCAUAUACUUUUAUUUACACGUUAACACACAAUAAUUACUCUAAGUUGCACUAUCGUUAGUAACUUUCGCAGGUCCAGUCCCUUCUUUCUCUGAUUUCCAUAAAAGAUCUAAGAUUAUGCAACAAUAUUGUAAACACACGCACAUAUAUCUUUGUUUACUAUUCAGAACAUACAUACGAUUAAGUCUUUCUCUAUGUAAGUUUCUCCUAAUUCUGUGCACAUUCAUUCAAGGCAUUAUUGUGUCUUCAUUGUAUGCCGUUCCGCAUACUCAACCACAUUCUACAUUAAAACAUCAGUACUUUGGUUCUACAAUAAAAUGGCUUGUUUACAGAAAA